AGAGCUCAAAAGAAAGCAACUAGGAGUUAUUUCACCUGCUUUCAGUGUGGAAAGAGUUUCAAUCAACAUGGAAACCUUGAAGUACACAUGAGAGUUCACAAUGAAGAGAGCUCUUUCACCUGCCAACAGUGUGGAAAGGGUUUUACUGAGAAAGGAAGCCUUAAAGCCCACAUGAAAAUUCACACUAGAGAGAAUCCUCUCACCUGCCAACAGUGUGGAGAGAGUUUUACUGAGAAAGGAAGCCUUAAAGCUCACAUGAAAAUUCACACUAGAGAGAAUCCUCUCACCUGCCAACAGUGUGGAAAGAGUUUUACUCAAAAAGGAACUCUUAAAAGCCAUAUGAGAAUUCACACCAGAGAAAAGCCUUUCACAUGUGGACUGUGUGGAAAAAGCUUCAUACGAGAACUAAACCUUAGAUAUCACAUGAACAAUCACACCGGAGAGAAGCCGUUCACAUGUGAUCAGUGUGAAAAGAGUUUCACACGUAAAAUAGGUCUUAAUAGCCACAUGCGAAUUCAUUCAAGAAAAAACAGUUUUAAAUGUAAUCAGUGUGGAAUGAGUUUCGCAGACAUGGAUCGUCUUAACAGGCAUGUAAUAAUUCACUCUGGAGAGAAGCCUUUCAUAUGCCAGCAGUGUGGAAGGGGUUUCAAAUUCAAUAAAAACCUUAAGACGCACAUGAGAAUUCACACCGGAGAGAAGCCUUUCACGUGCCAUCACUGUGGAAAGUGUUUUGGUCAUAAAGUAAGCCUUAAGACUCACUUAAGACUUCACACGGGAGAGAAGCCUUACACAUGCUCUUUGUGCAGUAAGAGUUUCACAUAUAAAUCAACCCUUAAUGCCCACAUGAGAAGUCACACUGGAGAGAGCCCUUACACCUGCAAACUGUGUGGGAAGAGCUUCUCACAAAAAGGAAAUCUACAGACUCACAUGAGAAUUCAUACUGGGGAGAAGCCGUUCUUAUGUGUGUGGAACAAAAUUCACAGACCGUAAACACCUUAAAGAUCAUGUAAGAACUCACACAGGAGAGAAGCCUUUCAUGUGCCAUCACUGUGGGAAGAGUUUCACACUUAAA